AUGCAGCGACGGUGCGACCGUUUGUUUCGGGGAGACAGCACGCCGCACUCGCUGAAUGCGACAAUUCGCAGUGACAGGAUUGAAUGGAGACUCAAGCAGCUCGCGCGCACAGUGGGGCGAAGCGCUGUAAGUCUUGUCACGCCCCAGGCCCGUUCGGACUGUGAGAAGGGGAGUGUUGGACUCCCAAAAGUGGACCCUCGUCCUGCAGCGGUGGCUGGUGGUGAUGAUGCGAUGCCCGGCAACCUUGUCAGAACGAGUGAGGGCAAAGUCAAGCAACGAGCCAACGGGGGCAGCGUCCGCCUGUCCAGGAUCGUGGAAUAG